GACUUUCUGGCCAAUCUUAGCUUUAGAGGCGGGGGAUAGAAAAUGUGCAAGAUGAUAGCCUACAUAUGUGCUUCAGUCACUCCGAGGAGAAGCCGAAGUCAGCAGAGGUAGACUAGCAGGAAAGAGGGAUUUUUUUUUUCCGGAAAAGAUGGUUUCAAUAAAUUCACCGUCUCUGGUGCCGGUGUCCCGUGGACAGGCUCUGCUUGCUGUGGGCUGCUUGACUGUCGUCUUCCUCGCUUUUCUGCUGGUUCGUCAGCUCGUUAAACAGAGGCGACCCCCGGGCUUUCCUCCUGGUCCUUCUCCCAUCCCUGUAAUAGGGAACAUUCUGUCUCUGGCCACGGAGCCACAUGUCUUCCUCAAGAAGCAGAGUGAAGUUCACGGACAGAUUUUCAGCAUUGACCUGGGAGGCAUCUUGACUGUGGUGUUAAAUGGAUAUGACUGUGUCAGGGAAUGCCUUUACCAUCAGAGUGAGGUGUUUGCUGAUCGCCCCUCGCUGCCUUUAUUCAAGAAAAUGACCAAAAUGGGUGGGCUUCUCAAUUGUAAAUAUGGCAGAGGCUGGAUCGAACACCGUAAACUGGCUUGCAACUCUUUCCGUUACUUCGGCAGCGGCCAGAGACUGUUUGAGAGGAAGAUCUCAGAGGAGUGCAUGUUCUUUGUGGAUGCCAUCGACGAGCACAAGGGAAAGCCCUUCAACCCCAAACACCUAGUGACCAACGCCGUGUCAAACAUCACCAACCUGAUCAUUUUUGGACAGCGUUUUACUUAUGAUGACUGCAACUUCCAGCACAUGAUUGAGAUAUUCAGUGAAAACGUGGAGCUUGCAGUGAGUGGCUGGGCCCUCCUCUACAAUGCCUUUCCUUGGAUUGAGUAUGUGCCCUUUGGAAAGCACCAGAAGCUAUUCCGCAAUGCAGCGGAGGUGUAUGACUUUUUACUGCAGGUUAUAAAGGGGUUUUCACAAGGCAGGGUGCCACAUGUACCUCGUCACUAUGUCGAUGCCUAUUUGGAUGAAUUGGAGCAGAACGCAGGAGACCCCAGUUCCUCUUUUUCCUACGAGAACCUCAUCUUUUCAGUGGGUGAGCUCAUUAUUGCUGGCACAGAGACUACGACUAACAUGCUACGCUGGGCCAUGCUGUACAUGGCCCUCUACCCCAACAUACAAGAGAGGGUGCACAGGGAGAUCGACAGCGUGCUGGCCGGUGGGAGAACGCCCACUUUGGAGGACAAGCAGAGGAUGCCUUACGUGGAGGCAGUUCUGCACGAGGUCCUUCGCUUCUGCAACAUUGUCCCACUUGGUAUUUUCCGUGCCACUUCUCAGGAUGCAAACGUCAACGGGUACACAAUUCCCAAAGGCACCAUGGUGAUCACAAACCUCUACUCAGUGCACUUUGAUGAGAAGUACUGGAACGACCCAGGAGUUUUCUCACCCCAGAGGUUUCUGGACAGCAAUGGCAACUUUGUGAGGCGCGAGGCCUUUCUGCCAUUCUCUUUGGGGCGACGUCACUGCCUGGGUGAGCAGCUGGCCAGGAUGGAGAUGUUCCUCUUUUUUACCACUUUGUUGCAGAGGUUUCAUCUUCAAUUCCCUCCAGGAACGGUUCCCACUGUCACUCCCAAACUGGGCAUGACCUUACAGCCCAAACCAUACUCUAUCUGUGCAGUCCGCAGGCAACAGAAUAGUCCCUGCUUUAGAGACACUCCUUAUGACAAGUAGGCCAGCAAGCAUUUAUUAUAGCUUGUUCAACCUUUAAAGCCAGGAUUUUACUAUCUUGAACAGCAAUGCAACCACACGAUGAGGGUGUAUAAAACUGUCUGGACUGUGAUGUCCAAUUCUGGUGCAGUGCAGGACUAUCGGUGGCAAAAGUAGCUCUUUACACAUUGACAUGUGAUCCAAUUUAUUCAGUUACUAUUGAAUUCUUUUACUGAGCAAUAUGCAUGUUUGCACAAUCCUUUUUAGCAGCAGGGGAGGCAAAAGACUCUGCGCUGAAAGGACAUCCUGGGAACACAAGUUUGCUAUUGAUUUAGUUCUCUGUAGCCUCAAAGCUGCUCCGAGCCCAGACAAUGAAAUGUCUAUGAACCUUGGUGCGGGGUGAUAAGUUAAGUAUAUGUCAAUGAUUGAUAGUAAGUACACCCAUGAUGGUUCAUAGCCCUGCCUUCUCAGGACAGCUUCAGGUCAGGCAAAUGACACCACUGAAUCGUACGUGUGCAGCACAAUCAGACUUUCCAAGAAAGUUCUGAACGCUGUGUUUUGGAACUGGACAUGUGCCAAGAGUCAUGUCACAAUGACUGUUUCUCACCCAUCUCCAGAGAUGGAGCUUUAUGAAACAUCUGUCUCUCAGAAAGCAAAUGCAACCCUGAUGGAUUUCUAGAAACUGACUGUGCAACACUGAUUUCUGCUAAAUGGUGCUUAUCAGAACUUACAUUUAUGUUUAACAUUUGUUUGUAUUUUUUUUGCAACACUUGUGGUAUGAGGGGUUGUUUUUUUGUGUACGCAUAAAAAGUCUUUCCUAAAA